GGACCCAGCUCUGUGAGGCGUCUCGCUGUCGGCACCGAGGCUUGGGUCGGCUUACGAGAGCCGAACUCUCGUGGUCAGUACGACAACUACCUGAACACGUCUCUCCGAGUUCAUGUUCCUGGGAUCUCGUUAGAGACUAUCGCGCUGCAAAUCUCCAACGCCCUUGUCAACAUUCGAUUCCAACACCCUGAGGUCGGAUGCUCCGUCACCUGGGCUACCGACCAAGAUCCUCCCUUCAUUGUCUAUAAUUCACCGAGCUCCGACGAAGUUGCCUUGAACUGGGGCCGCGGUCUUGUUUCAUCGAUUGCAGCGGAUAAAACUGGGCUUGAAGUUGCCGCUGAACUUUCGGAGGCGCGCCAAGAGAGACCUGAGCCGUUACCCCCGGUCAAGGUCUAUGUCGUAGCUCAAGUGCCAGAGACAGGCACUCCACUUGAAAAUGGCGCUCGAGUGGACCUGCUCUGUGCAUUCAACCAUAUUCACUGGGACAGUAUCAGCUCGCGCAUAUUCGUCGGUGACUUGUUGCGCGGUGUUGGCCAACACCCGUCCCAAGCGAACAUGGUUUCCGUGGUCACUAACUCCUCGGAGACAAGUUGGGGGCUUCCUGUAACGAAUACUACAGGCACACCUCGAACUAGAUGGAGAACCUUUAAUACAGACGAAAGUCAGGCCAUCUCGAAGGCCAUAAAGAGUCAGCUCGGACCCCAGUUCACCUUCACUCACCUCGGCCAUGCCGCCAUGGUGCUUGCAUUACUGCGAGUCAGCCCCUUAUCAGGAGAUGCCUCGGACGCCCUGUUUCUUUCCUCGCCCUUGCCAGUCAACGGGAGGCGAUACUUAAGUGGCAGCAAUGCAAGUAUUCGUUAUGGGUCGUGUCAGGCGGGCGCGUCGGUGGAAUUUGCACCACUUCGAUCGUACGCUGUCGAUGAGAGCAAUCCUGAAGCAGUCAGAAUGACACUCGCAAGCCUGGCUCAUCAUGUCAGAAACAGCUAUCAGCAUUGGCUGACGAACGAGUUCCAAUUGGUCAUAGACCAAGUUAAGAGCAACUUUCUAGCGGGGUUUCUGGCAUCAGCGCCUUCGUCCUUCUCACCGACAAGCUUUCCGGCCUUCGUCAGCGAUGGCAUUGUCGACAACUACAUUCCAGGAGACGUUUUCGGCUCCAGCGAUGAAAAGAUCUACACCGUGGAGAGUCGCAAUUUCCAUCUGACGACUUAUUCCUCUGAUGUGCUUGUUCGAAUGGACAGUUUCAAAGGCCAGACUAGUCUUUCUGUCUGUUUCAACAAUGGACGUCUUGACGAGAACCUCGCCAAGGCUUUCCUGAAUGCUAUAGUUGAUUUCAUGAUGGCAUUUGCAACUUGA